UCAACGUCUUCAAGCGAUAAAUUCAAAACUCUUUUUCAAGGAUUAUUCAAGCUUGAAAUAACAUUGAGCAAUUGCAUUUGCCUCGUUUAUCACAUGUUGGAUUGCCAUGUAUUUCUACCCUCAGUAUUCUCAUACAUAGUGUUCAUUGAAAAGCAACUCUUCUCCAAAUCGAACUCAGGUUUCAACUUUUAUCGCACCAUGUUCUCCAUCAAGCAACUCUUGUCAAAAUCUCGAAGGGUGUUGAGUUGGAUUCUGUAAUAGAGUUUAAUUACUAGACGUUGCUUAAACAAUGAGGUAUCGUCAUCUAAAUUCUCUAUGAAUGUUUCAAACAAAUUCUAUUAGCCCAAGUUAUGAACUACAAACGCUUACAAAUUCUAUUACGCCAAUGUAAUACUCUUGAAUUCCUGAAACAAAUCCACGCUCAAGCAGUAACACUUGGAAUUCUCCACCAUCACCAACCUUUUGCGUGCAAAUUACUUAACUCGUACGCCAAAUUGGGAACCUCACAGGAACCCAACACACUCUUUAGUCAAAUUCAAAACCCAGAUAUAGUUUCAUGGACAUGUCUCAUUAAUCUUCACGUGCAAGUUCGAGAACCCAGAAAAGCUUUGUGGGUAUUUUCUCGUUUAAUUUGUAGAAAUAUAGAACCUGAUAGCUACUCUGUUGUUGCUGCUUUAUCAGCUUGUAAAUGUAUAAAAGAUUUGGCUUGUGCUAGGAUAGUUCAUGGGAUAAUUGUCCGGUUUUCAUUAGCGUUUGACCCAAUUGUGGGUAAUGCGUUGAUUGAUAUGUAUAGCAAGAAUAAAGAUAUUGAAUCGACUGAGAAAGUUUUUAAAUGUAUGGAAUGUAAAGAUAUUGCUUCAUGGAAUAGUUUGCUUAAUGGGUUUGCAAUGGUCAAUGAUUUGGAAUCUUCUCGCCUGGUGUUCGAUGAAAUGCCUCAGAGAAAUUCGGUUUCUUGGAAUGCAAUGAUAACGGCUUAUGUUCGAGGGAGGGAAAUAGUUGAGGCAUUGGAACUUUUUAGGGAAAUGAAAGCAGGAGGAGAGUGUUGUACGGUGAUUACUAUUGUGGCUGUAUUGUCGGGUUGUGCUGACAUUGGAGCUCUUGAUCUUGGUAAAUGCAUUCAUGGUUAUGUUAGUAAAAGUAAUCUUGGUUUUGGUGUUACUGUGAAUAAUGCUUUGAUGGAUAUGUAUGCAAAGAGUGGAUGUCUUGAUAUGGCAUUGAAGGUUAUUAGUGAGAUACGGGAGAAGGAUGUGUUUUCAUGGACUACUUUGAUAUCAGGAUAUGCAUUUCAUGGUAAAGGAAAGAAUGCUCUAGAGGUUUUUGGUGACAUGAUAGAAUUGAAGAUCAAACCGAAUGAGGUUACAUUCUUGUCAGUUCUAUCAGCUUGUAGUCAUGCAGGGUUACUUGUUGAGGGUCAGAGAUUGUUCAAUAGGAUGAACAAAUUCUAUGGUUUGCAACCCAAGAUUGAGCAUUAUGGUUGCAUGGUGGAUCUUCUUGGCCGAGCUGGGCUUUUAGAAGAAGCUAAAGAUUUUAUUGAACAGAUGCCAAUCAACCCAGAUGCUGUUAUUUGGAGAUCAUUACUUAGGGCUUGUUUGGUCCAUGGGAACUUGAAUUUAGCUGAAAUGGCUGCAAAAAUGUUAAUUGAAUUAGAACCAGAUGAUGAUGGGGUUUAUAUACUAUUAUGGAAUAUUUAUUUUGCUGCAAAUAGGCAGGAAGAUGCAUUAAAGAUGAGGACGUUUAUGCGAAAUCAAAAAGUAAUGAAAAAAUCUGGGUGUAGUUGGGUUGAGGUGAAUGGUUUUACUCACGAAUUCGAGGCUGACUAUGUGAUGCACAACGCUGGAACAGAAAUUUUCUUGGUUCUAUAAGGGAUCAAUGAGCAAACAAAGUUGGAUGGCCAAUUUUUCGUUUUGGAAUGAAAGUGGACAAUUAUGUUGAGGGUGAAUCAUUUUUGGAAGAUAUUAUGGCCAUCGAGAACCUAAGGUUUUCAAGCAAGGGAACAAGACUACAGCCUCCAUUAAUUUAUAAUAUAGUUUGUUCAGGUUUCUUCAAGCGGUCCGUAAAACUCAUUGCAAAGAUAAAUAGUUCCUUUUGACAUGAUUUAUCUCGAGAAACACGGCAUAGAGUUACCAGGUUUGAAGCAUAUGGCAAGCUUGUUAUUAGGACUUAUAACACAAGCAGGUUAGUCAAUUCAAGCCAGCUUUACCUGUCUUCCACAACUCCUCAACGUUUUAAUAGAGAUCAUCUUGUCACGAGCUCUAUAAAUACGAGCUCUUCUAAUUCAUUUUCACAUAAAAGCAGCAGCG